ACCCCUUUCAAUCAUUCCAAGUACAAUCUCGCUCUCUCUCUCUCUCUCUUUAAGUCUCUCUCUAAGCCCUCUAUCGUCGCCUUGAAGGACAACAAUUGACUGAGCUUAUAGGCGAAUUCUCAUCUGGGUCGGGUAGUAUCAGUGGUAAUUCUAAGGGGACAGAUACAAGAUUGGAUUGAUAGUCAUGAGGAUUUGGGAAUGUAUGUUUCGCAAUGGUUUUGGGAGGCAUAUCGGCUUACGGCUUGCGUUAUUCUAGCACUCUAAUCAGUGCAGUUGGGAAUUUUGUGGCGCAAAAAAAAGCUGAAUUGCUGAUUCUCUUUUUGGCUACGAAUGAAAAUCUCCCACCAAAUGUAAUUAAGCAACUUGCGAAGGAAUUGAAGAGUCUUGAUGAAUCCCCUCCUGAAGGCAUUCAAGUUGGGCUUAACGAUGAUGAUUUUUCAAUCAUAUAUGCUGAUAUUGAAGGGCCAGCUGGCACUCCUUAUGAGAAUGGUGUUUUCCACAUGAAGUUGUUAUUGUCUAGGGACUUUCCGCACUCUCCUCCUAAAGGCUACUUCCUGACGAAGAUUUUCCAUCCAAACAUUGCGACUAACGGUGAGAUUUGUGUCAACACCUUGAAAAAGGAUUGGAAUCCAAGUCUUGGAUUACGACAUGUUCUGAUUGUAGUUAGAUGUCUAUUGAUUGAACCAUUUCCAGAAUCAGCUUUGAAUGAACAGGCAGGCAAGAUGCUCCUUGAAAAUUAUGAGGAGUAUGCAAGACAUGCAAGGCUUUAUACUGGAAUCCAUGCUAAGCCAAAACACAAGUUUAAAACAGGAGCUAUUUCAGAGUCGACAACUGCACUGAACGUUGAUCAAACUAACACUUUGACACUUAAUGCUGAUCAAAAGAACACAGCACCCGGUGCUGCUUUGCUGGUGAUCUCUGCAUCCCCAUCACUACUGGCACCUAGCACAGUCGCCACUAGAGGAAAUGGUCAGGAUCAGGCACCCGUUGUAGCUCCAAUGGAGACGGGAGUAGGUGGGUCUGCUACUACGGUGAGGAAGGAAGGUGGAUUGACAAAAGCGCAGGUAGAAAAGAAGAAAAUAGAUGCGAGAAAGAAGAGUUUGAAGAGAUUAUGAAGUUUGAAGAGAUUGGAACUUGUGUUAUGCAGUUUGUGACUUAUUUGUCCUCGAUUGAUGGAAGAGCCAAAGAGCCGAAAUGCAUGUAAAAUACAUGAAUUUGGGAAGAGUGAUGGAUUAAAUUUACCCGCUUGCCGCCCCUUUCGUUUUCGUUA